AUGUUAUCAGAGUUUUUUAAUAAUAUUACCUCAUUUUUUGUUAAUAUUUUUUCAUUAUUUGAGGGAAAAAGAAAUAUAAGAAUAUUAAUGAUAGGUUUAGAUGGUGCAGGCAAAUCAACACUUUUAUAUAAAUUAAAAUUUGGUGAUGUUAUUAGAACAAUCCCAACAAUUGGUUUUAAUGUUGAAAUAAUUGAAUAUAAAAAUUUAUCAAUGAAUGUAUGGGAUAUAGGAGGUCAAAAUAAUAUUAGAGCGUUAUGGCGUCAAUAUGAUCAAAGAACAGAUGUAUUCAUCUUUGUAGUUGAUUCUACUGACCGUGAAAGAUUUGAUGAAGUUAAACAAGAAAUCAAAAAUAUAAUUGAACAAAACAAAAAUGAAUCAAGUAAUGCUUCAUUAUUAAUCUUUGCAAACAAACAAGAUAUGCUCAAUCCAAUUACACCUGCAGAAUUAGUUAAUUCAUUGGAUUUAAAUUCAUUAACAAAUAAAAAAUGGCAUGUUCAACCUUGUAGUGCAGUAAGAGGAGAUGGUAUUUACGAAGGUUUUGACUGGAUAGUAUCCAACUCUAGUGGAAAGUGA